GAGAGGCUCGUGGAGAUUUCUUAAACCCCUGCCGGAAAGGCAAAGGGGGGGGGGGGAGGUUCAGCCGGAGCGGGGCAGGGAAAGUGGCUCGGGCGACCUCUACCCCCCGCCCCCCCCUCCCGCCAAGGAACUAGGGAAAAUAUAAGGAAAGCCGCUUUCCGAGCGAGCGGCCGCGCAGCAAUGGAAGGAGCCGGGCCCGGGAGGGUCCCGCCGAGGAGCGGGAAGAGCGGUGGCGGGCUCGGCUCUCUCGGAGGCGGCAUGUGGCCAGCCCCGGUCCCCGUCUCUCCAGCCCGCGAAGCUUGGAGGAGGGUGUAAAGGCAGGUGCGUUGAGGCUGCUCGCCAUGUCCAGAUCCGGGGACAGGACCUCCACCUUCGACCCCAGCCACAGCGACAACCUGCUGCAUGGCCUCAACCUGCUGUGGAGGAAGCAGCUCUUCUGCGACGUGACCCUGACGGCCCAGGGCCAGCAGUUCCACUGCCACAAGGCCGUGCUGGCCUCCUGCUCCCAGUACUUCCGAUCCCUCUUCUCCAGCAGCGGCGGUGGCGGCCACCCUCAAUCCCUGGCGCUGGGGCCGGGCGCUCAGGACGGGCUGGGCCUGGGGGCACCCCCCAAGGAGCAGCAGCAGGAGGAGCCGGGCACCCCUUCUUCCUCGCCCGAGGACAAGCUGCUGGCCAGUCCCAGAGCCAUCAACAACCUGGUGUUGCAAGGCUGCUCGUCCAUCGGGCUGCGCCUGGUGCUGGAGUACCUGUACACGGCCAACGUGACCCUGUCCCUGGACACGGUGGAGGAGGUGCUGUCGGUCAGCAAGAUCCUGCACAUCCCGCAGGUCACCAAGCUGUGCGUGCAGUUCCUCAACGACCAGAUCUCGGUGCAGAACUACAAGCAGGUGUGCAAGAUCGCCGCCCUGCACGGCCUGGAGGAGACCAAGAAGCUGGCCAACAAGUACCUGGUGGAGGACGUGCUGCUGCUCAACUUCGAGGAGAUGCGCGCCCUGCUCGACUCGCUGCCUCCUCCUGUGGAAUCGGAGCUGGCGCUCUUCCAAAUGUCCGUGCUCUGGCUGGAGCACGACCGGGAGACCCGCAUGCAAUACGCCCCGGACCUCAUGAAGCGCCUCCGCUUCGCCCUCAUUCCGGCCCCGGAGCUGGUGGAGCGGGUCCAGUCCGUGGAUUUCAUGCGCACCGAUCCCGUCUGCCAGAAGCUGCUGCUGGACGCCAUGAACUACCACCUGAUGCCCUUCAGGCAGCACUGCAGGCAGAGCCUGGCCAGCAGAAUUCGCUCCAAUAAGAAAAUGCUGUUAUUGGUCGGAGGAUUGCCUCCCGGACCUGACCGGCUACCCAGCAAUUUGGUUCAGUAUUAUGAUGAUGAAAAGAAGACAUGGAAGAUACUGACAAUUAUGCCAUAUAAUAGUGCCCAUCACUGUGUUGUGGAAGUAGAAAACUUCUUGUUUGUUUUGGGAGGAGAAGACCAGUGGAACCCGAAUGGGAAACACAGUACAAACUUUGUCAGCCGAUACGAUCCCAGGUUUAACAGCUGGAUACAACUUCCACCCAUGCAAGAGAGGAGAGCCAGUUUCUAUGCAUGUCGGCUUGAAAAGAACUUGUAUGUGAUUGGUGGAAGAAAUGAAACUGGCUACUUGUCCAGCGUGGAAUGCUAUAAUUUAGAGACAAAUGAAUGGCGUUAUGUAUCUUCUUUACCACAACCUUUAGCAGCGCAUGCAGGAGCAGUGCACAAUGGCAAGAUAUAUAUUUCAGGGGGUGUUCAUAAUGGAGAAUAUGUCCCCUGGCUGUACUGCUAUGACCCUGUAAUGGACGUCUGGGCCCGAAAACAAGACAUGAACACCAAGCGAGCUAUCCACACUUUGGCUGUAAUGAAUGAUCGACUGUAUGCGAUUGGAGGAAACCAUUUGAAAGGUUUCUCCCAUCUUGAUGUCAUGCUUGUGGAAUGCUAUGAUCCAAAAGGUGACCAGUGGAAUAUUCUUCAGACUCCUAUUUUGGAAGGUCGCAGUGGCCCUGGAUGCGCAGUUCUUGAUGACAGUAUUUACCUUGUCGGAGGCUACAGCUGGAGUAUGGGAGCCUACAAAUCUUCUACUAUUUGCUACAGUCCUGAGAAAGGAACCUGGACAGAACUAGAAGGAGAUGUAGCUGAGCCACUUGCAGGUCCUGCAUGUUCAACUGUCAUACUGCCAGCCUGUGUACCGUACAACAAAUAAUGUUCCAGAAGCACUGAAAUGAACAAUAUUACAUUCUGGAAAGUAAUGACGGGUGACGUAAAUAUUUUAAUAGAUCAGAAUUCCUGGCAAAACAAAACUACCGUAAUUGACCCCUUAUUUCAGAUUUAUGCUUUAAAAGCAAACUCGGAACAAAAAGUCUCAUCUCAGAUAGAUGCCGGUGUCUUGUGAAGCAAGUAGCUAGAACACACCGAACAUUACAUGCUGACAGACUGCCAUUUCAGACUGAUUUUAACUUUUUUCCCCGCUACAGAAAUAUUCUUCACAUGGAUUUUAACUUUUAAAAAUGAAGGCUAAAUGUCCAAAUACAGCCUGAAAAGACAAGAUCAGUUUUGGGCAUUGUAUUCUACCUGCAUGUGAUCUAUGUGAAGUCAUGAGGAUGUUGUGUUCAUGAAUGCUUCAAAACUCAGCUACCGAAAAGCUCACUCUGCAUUGCAGAACUGUCUCCUCCUCUGUAAUCCUAACCUACAGCUACUUCAUAUGCUCUGCAAGCAACACAGCAUCAAAAGAUCAUAAAAGGUAAAGAAAUGUCAUUCCAUUUUUGCACAACUUGGCUUCUCAUACACUCUGCCUUCAAAGUCCCCAUUAUGUAAGUGUAGUGAAGAGCAGACUACAAUGAAAGUGAUGCUUUACAGAACACUUCUUGCAAUAGUGGUUUUAAGGAUUAGGAACAAAUUCUGCUCUUAGUUACACUGGUAUAAAUGCAUAGGCACUCCACUAAAACCAAUGGAAUGAAUGUUUUUAUAGCUAGUGUGACUGAAAUCUUGGCCUAAACCUCAAAUUCUGGGUUUACAAAGUAAGUUUUUCUCAAAGCAGUUAAAAGACAACACAGUCCAUUAAUACAGUAAACAAACAAGAAUUCUUCUUCAUUUUCACUAACAUUAGAAGUAAACACACUUCCUAUUUGCUUUCAAAGACAAGAACACUGAAUGUAAGCAUAAUGGUACCUCUUUGGAUUUUUAAAUUAGUAUGCAUAGAAUUGCAGGGACUCUGGUAACUGGCUAAAAUCCUCGUCUCUGAUUUACCUUCAGAUUUCAUAAUUUGAAGGGUUUUCCCUGUUGAUCCAGAAAAAUACAGGGCUGGAUUUUUCACUGCCUUAUACCUUGUUUAGUUGUUUACAUCUGGUAAAGUGAGUGCAAAAUGCUACCAGAUCAGAACAGUCACAUGUUACACCCACUUUACACAGUGGUACUUGAUUACAUAGGGUGCAAGGCAGUGGCAAAUCAGGCCCUAUGUGUUUUUAUGCUUAUGUCUUCCUUUUGCAGCAGUAAUUGACUUACAAAUACUAUGCCUGGUUCUCCAAUUCCUCUUGGCUUGCAUAAGGAUUUUGACCUAUAUACAAUGCAUAUAAAAUACUUCUUCUUCGAGUGCUUGCUCAUGGUGUGUGUGCUCACCACAUGCAUCAGUGCCAGAAGUUUUUCCCUCAGUGGUAUCUGUUGGGGACCAGCUCUGGCACCCUCUAGAGUGGCAUGUAUAUACACCGUAUAAGGGACACCACCGGCCCUCUCAGUUCCUUCUUACCGCCAGUGAGGGUGCUGGAACAUCUCCUUUCUUCGGCAAGCACUCUUACCCAGUGUUCUUCCUAUUGUUUAGUGUGUAAAUAGUUCUUAGAUAAGUAGUUAUUUUGUUCUCUUAAUAGUACUGUAGUUAAGUUAGAUAGUCCCCUAAGGGACUUAGCUCAGGGAUGGGGCAUGCCUCAGUCCCUGGGCUUAAAGCCUUGUGAUCGCUGCAAAAACCCUAUGCC